AGAUAUCCAAAGAUGAGUGCCGCUAAGAUGUUGGCCGACUCCACCCAGGGAGAUCCCCUGACAGACACUGCCCCGGGGGUGGAGACCAAGAGGAGAAAGUCUCAUGAAAAAAGGAAAGCAAAGAAACAGAAGAAAGAAACAAAGAAAAAGUCUACAAAGAGGAGUAGCUCAGAGAAUGACCUUGACAGUGACCUUGACCUGGAAAAGGAGCUGAAACCAAUUGGUGACUAUAUAAAAGAUAGACGAAAGAUGUUAGAGCAAAUGUUCCGAUGUCUGAAGGGAGGCAGCUUACAGAGGAACCUUCCUGAUAUUCUCAAGGAACUACCAUUGGAGGACCUGAAGCAGCGAUGUCAAAACCAGCUGGAGAUCAUGUCUAAAAAACGUAUCAAACGUAUCUUAGCAGGUGAUGAUCCAGCCAAUAUUUCCUCCUCUGGAACAGACGAUGAGAGCUCAGAGGAUGAAGAGGUCCACAAAGGUGAAGAGGCUAGAGAGGAUCAUGAACAAAUGGCAGACUCAACCUCUCAACCAGGGGAAGAACAGGAGGAGGACCAGGGCAGCACGGGGGACGAUGAGGAAGAGGAAGAUGGAGAGGCUGAUGCAGAGGAGGGAGAUAAAGAUAAUAUACAGGCGGGAGAAGAUACAUUAGAGGAGGAGGAUGAGGAGAAUGAGGAGGAGGAUGUUGAAGAAGGGGAAAUGACUGAUGAUUCUGGCGACACAUCAAAGGAACAUAAUGCCGCAAGUGACGUGGAGGCUGGUCACUAUAGCAACACAGACACUGAUGGGCCUGAUGGUCAGCACUGUCCCAAGGAAGACAACUCCAUCUACAGCGGAUCACCAUCACAGGAGGAAGUGGACGAUAGUGCCCCCUCGGACCAAGAGUGUGUGACCGAUCCCGAGGGAGAAGAAGACUUUUUGGAGGAAUCUGAGGAGGGGGUGAGGAGUCCCUAUGAGGAUAAAGAAGACUCAGAACCUGUGAUCCAGGAGGGUCCAGCGGGUCCAGCUGAGGAUCAAGUAGUUGGGCCUGGGGACCAUGAAGGUGUUGCCCCAGUCCUCUCACGUAACCAGAUGGAAUUACUUGAGCUGGAGAUGAGAGCCCGGGCCAUCAAGGCCAUGCUCAAGGCUCACGAGAUACGUGAGAAACGCUUAGAGGAUGGCUGAUCUCUGACACUAUUACAUGUCUCUACAAUAAAUGGGGCCAAAUAUAUGGAAUGUGCCACUCAAGUGGCAGAAAGGACCACAAAAAUAGGUGUACGUUUUUGGUGGCAUCUAGAACCGAAAAAUCAAGUGUGCCACUCAAGUGGCAGAAUUAAAGGACCACAUAAAUAGGUGUACCUUUUUUUGGUGGCAUCUAGGAACAAAAAAUCAAGUGUGCCACUCAAGUGGCAAACGAAUAAGAAAAUAGGGGUUGGGUUACACUCAGGUGGCAGCUAUGACCAAAACAGCAUUUAUAAUACUCUUAGUGGCAGAAAGGUCGACAAAAAUACUAAAAGGUGUGCCACUAAGGUGGCAGCUUAGGCCCUCAAAAAGAUGAACCACUCUAGUGGCAAUUAAUUUUGAGUGGCAGUAAUGACCCUUUGUAUACUGUUAAGAUAAGGUGGUAUGUUACUACCUGCUGUAUGAUUUUAGCUCAUCUGCAAGGAAGGCAAGUGAACUUAUGCCAUGGUGCGGCAUCCGAUUGUCCAUUGUCAAAUUUUCUUUUAAACAACUUUCUCAUUACAUGUAACCAAGAGGCCCAGGGACCUGAUAUGGGGUGUGUUGUAUGCUGAGGUGAAGGGCCCCCAAGUUGGUUCAAAUGAAUGACCUUGACCUACAUUCAAGGUCACAGGGAUCAAAUAUGCUAAAAUAUUUUAACAACUCCUCAAUAACAAAGAGACCCAGAGACCUGACAUUAGGCCCAUAACAUACUAGGAUAAAGGGACUACCAAGAUUGUUCAAAUGAA